AUCAACAAUUUUAGUUCCAAAAACGCAGCCAAUCUCCGCCGCCUCAUAAUCUCCGAUCACGCAUCUCAAUUAAUAUUUUCUCUCCGUCAAACCGCAAAAUCAUCAGAAUGUCAGGUGAAGAAGCUCCAGCCGCCGCCGUUCCCGUUGUCGCCGCAGAGACACCAGCGGCGCCACUUGGUGAGCCGAUGGAUUUGAUGACAGCAUUGCCGUUGGUGUUGAGGAAAGCAUUGGCGCAUGGAGGACUAGUUAGAGGACUACACGAAUGUGCAAAGCUGAUAGAGAAGAAUUCAGCUCAGCUUUGCGUGUUGGCGGAGGAUUGUAAUCAGAGUGAUUAUGUUAAGCUCGUUAAAAGUCUUUGCGCUGAUCAUAAUGUCGGUUUAUUGAUGGUUCCUAGUGCUAAAACCCUCGGUGAAUGGGCUGGUUUGUGUAAGAUUGAUUCAGAAGGCAAGGCGAGGAAAGUUGUUGGUUGCUCUUGCGCUGUAGUGAAGGAUUAUGGUGAGGAAAGUGAAGGUCUUAAUGUUGUUCAGCAACACAUCAAGUCUCAAUAAGCGGUAGUAGAUCGUAUUGAACGGGUCUGAGCUGAAGCUUAUUUGUUAGAGAUCUUAUUUCUUAUUUUCAUGUUACCCUCAUCUUUGGGGUUUUUGAAUGUUUGAUAGUUACUAUUAUUUCCAAUGCUGCUUGUUUGUUAAUUUGGUAGAACAUCCUUGAUACCUGAAAUGUUGAGUCAACAUCUUUCUGAAAUUUUGAAAUUAACGCUA